AGGCUCUGGCUGGGGCGGACCGAGGAGCCGUGCGCAGGCGCGGAGUCAGACCUCGCUGUUGCCCCCAUCGCCUCGGGGAGUCUCAUCGACAGUGGGUCUGCUGGCCCAUCGGGGCGCUCUUCCUCCUCUCCACUCCCAGGCUCCCCGCGCGCCCUACGCGCCCUGAUGGCGGAGCUGCGGCCUAGCGUCGCCCCCGGCCCCGCCGCGCCCCCAGCCUCUGGCCCUAGUGCUCCUCCGGCCUUUGCCUCACUCUUUCCCCCGGGACUGCACGCCAUCUACGGAGAGUGCCGCCGCCUUUACCCUGACCAGCCGAACCCGCUCCAGGUUACCGCUAUCGUCAAGUACUGGCUGGGUGGCCCGGACCCCUUGGACUACGUUAGCAUGUACAGGAACACGGGGAGCCCCUCCGCCAGCGUCCCCGAGCACUGGCAUUACAUCAGCUUUGGCCUGAGCGACCUCUACGGCGACAACAGAGUCCAUGAGUUUACAGGAACAGACGGACCAAGUGGUUUUGGCUUUGAAUUGACAUUUCGCCUGAAGAGGGAAACUGGGGAGUCUGCCCCACCAACAUGGCCCGCAGAGCUGAUGCAGGGCCUGGCCCGAUACGUCUUCCAGUCAGAGAACACCUUCUGUAGCGGGGACCACGUGUCUUGGCACAGCCCUUUGGAUAACAGUGAAUCGAGAAUUCAGCACAUGCUGCUGACAGAGGACCCCCAGAUGCAGCCUGUGCGGACGCCCUUUGGGGUAGUUACUUUCCUCCAGAUUGUUGGCGUCUGCACUGAGGAGCUCCACUCAGCCCAGCAGUGGAAUGGGCAGGGCAUCCUGGAACUGCUGAGGACAGUGCCUGUUGCUGGCGGUCCCUGGCUGAUAACUGACAUGCGGAGGGGAGAGACCAUAUUUGAGAUCGACCCGCAUCUGCAACAGGAGAGAGUUGACAAAGGCAUCGAGACAGAUGGUUCCAACCUGAGUGGUGUCAGUGCCAAGUGUGCCUGGGAUGACCUGAGCCGGCCUCCGGAGGAUGAUGAGGACAGCCGGAGCAUCUGCCUCGGCACACAGCCCCGGAGGCUCUCUGGCAAAGACACAGAACAGAUCCGGGAGACCCUGAGGCGAGGACUUGAGAUCAACAGCAAACCUGUCCUUCCACCAAUUAACUCUCAGCGACAAAAUGGCCUCACCCACGACCGGCCCCCGAGCCGCAAGGACAGCUUGGGAAGCGACAGCUCCUCGGCCGUUAUCCCCCGGGAGCUGAUCCGCACACGGCAGCUGGAGAGCGUGCACCUGAAGUUUAACCAGGAGUCAGGGGCCCUCAUCCCUCUCUGCCUAAGGGGCAGACUCCUGCAUGGCCGGCACUUUACCUACAAGAGUAUCACGGGUGACAUGGCCAUCACGUUUGUGUCCACGGGAGUGGAAGGCGCCUUUGCCACAGAGGAGCACCCUUACGCAGCUCACGGACCCUGGUUGCAAAUUCUGUUGACAGAAGAGUUUGUAGAAAAGAUGUUGGAGGACUUAGAAGAUCUGACUUCUCCAGCAGAAUUUAAACUUCCCAAAGAGUACAGCUGGCCCGAAAAGAAGCUCAAAGUGUCCAUCCUCCCUGACGUGGUGUUUGACAGUCCACUGCACUAGCCUGGGCCCUGCAGGGGCCGAGAGGAGCUCAGUUGUGCCCAGUGAUUUCAGUGUGACAGCUUGUGAGGAGACUCCCACGAAUAAAAGGACAAGAGUGAGGGUGACUGCAGAGUGCCACACCCACCGCAGGCCCCGCCUCACCUCCGGCUCAUGGGCCUCACUGCCAGCUGCCAAGCCCAUGUGACCAGGCCCCUGUCCUUCAUGCCAGUGAUGGAGUGAGGCUGCACCUGCAAACCCUCCUCACCCGCCCACUGCUGCCACAGGGUUAACUGGUGUGCUCCUGGGAGAGGCACCGCCACACAGCCUGGGGUACAGAGCACACUUGAGGAUGCACUGCCUGGUUCAACCUCAGCUUUUGCUCAGUCAGGCUGCUCCAGCCUGUGGAACGAUGGCUCUGGUCACGAUUACUUUUUCCUUCCUUAGUAUGUUGGAAACCGGAUGGUAUUUUUAUUGCUCAGCAAAGACGGUCCAGAAGCCGUGUAUAUAGUGAUUUUUAAACAGGACUUCUUCCUUGAUGAACUUCACCAUUCCCUUAGACAGGAGUCUGGGAGCUCUGCCUGAGAAGUGCUUGGUGCUGCCUGUCAGCUCUGGGCCCUGGAAGGAGCCCGGGAGCAGCUGACACACACCCAUGCAGUGUUGGGUUCAGAUUUGCUGUGACCUGGAAGGGGUGCCGCUGCCUUCCAAGUGAAUCAGACUUGUACAAGGCUCUGGAGACUUUAGCACUCAGGGACGAGGUGGCCCUAGCUAUGUCUUCCAGUCUUUUUCUACCCAACCAUGCCUGCCGAGGAGAGGGUGAAGCCCAUAGCCUCCCCAUCCUGCUACCCAGGGCCUUCAGCUCUUUGAUAACCCCCCCAUCAUAGCCUACUUGGGCUGUAGGGGUCUAGCUUAUGAAAAAUGAAAAAUCAACCUCUCCCCAGCCCCUCCCUUUGAUUUUGCUGACACUGCUCUCUGGCCCUCCAUUUUUCCUAUAUCUAUUUUUUUACUCAUCUUUCAUCCUUGUCUUUUCCUUCUGGGGGGCCUCAUUCUCUCAAACCCAGAACUACAGAUCUGCCUGCCUUCCAGGAGCCACCCUAUCUCUGGUCACCUUUGGGAGCUGCUUCCCACAUCUGACCUGGGAUUGGCAAGCCCCUUUCCUGCACUCUUGCCUUCUACUCUAGGUCUGAUGUUCUUUGUUCAUUCUUUAAGUUCAGAUAUCUCCAAAGGAAAGACAUUUUGUCUGUCAGGGACCUUGCAAGAGCUCCCCAGCUCUGUGUGCCUCCACCAGGGUACCCCAGGAGGUCCACAGGUGUACAGCCUUCUGCAGGCUGGUCCCGCCAAAGAGCUGCCUCCAGGGGCCUUGAAGGCCCUGGCUGGGGUCUCGAAGAAGCAGAAAUUAGCCUUUCAAAAAAUGACUCAAUCUGCUCCUUUCUGCAUAUCCGGGUCUAAGAUGUUAAUUCCAAGGCCAGCACUUGGAGGCAGACCCAUCUGGAGCAUGAGAAAGGCUGGCUGCAGCCCUCAGCAGCCAAGAUACAAGCCUGUCUGGAACACACACCAUGCUGCCCUGACUUUUCCACAAGGACACUUCCAAGCCCACCUUUAAAGCUCGUUUAUGGGCCAAGAGAUGCUUACACUUUGCCUCCAUUCCUUGCCAUCUUGACCCUAAUUCUCCCUGGAGACCUGCCUAAGGGGAUCCCUGCUUGCAUUCUGCCCUACGUCCAUUUGCCUGGUGUGUGGCUGAGAAUGCAUGCUAUGAGCUAAGUGUUGUCCUUAGCAUGUGAGACUCCUGGUCAACAGCUUGCACUAGGCCUGCAAGGUCUUUGCAGAUGAUGGUUGUCCCCAGCUUCUUGGUGGCCCCCGCUUUGGGGAGCAGGGAAUGACAGGUAAGCUCCAGAUAGCCACCAGCCCUGAGGUGUCUCCUGCCCCCAUCCUGUCAGGAACCUCAGGAAUGUCUAAAAUCCUGCUGGGACCAGGACCCCGUCAGUCCUCAGAGUGCAGUGGCUCUAGUAGCAGGGCUGGUCUCAGCCUGAUCUGACCAGGCCUCCUUCCAAAGGGAUCUCAGGGAAGAGGUUCACCAUUAAGCUGCUGGCUGGAGAGAAGAGCCCCCAACAUCUGAUGGAGCAAGACUGACCUUACCGUGACAAGUGAUGGGCGCUCUCCGUGGGGCUUCUCUUUCCCUCUCUGCAGCCCUCUGGGGCUGAUGACCCAUCACAGGGAGGGGCUUAGGGGUCUUCCCCCCAUCUUCCACAGACUUCCUCCAACCUUUCCCCAUCCUUCAACCUUCCAGGUCCACAGGACUAGGGUUUCUGAAAGGAAAGGGCUCGGACUUGCUAACUAAAGCUUCCCAGGGCCUGUGUGGGCUGCAGAGGGUGGUGGUCCUAGCUCCAUGCUGGGGACACAGUGUCCCUCUUCUUCCAAGAGUGACAGGCUGCGAAGGGCCUGUGGAGGCCUUAAGGAGUCUAAAAGGGCUAGGACCCCUGCACUCCAGAUGCUGGGUCCUGGGACUGAGUUUUGAGAUUGAGAGCAGGGAGACCCUGAAGUUCGGAGCCCCUAUGGGGCAGAUGAGCAGAAAACUCCCUGAACUGUAUUUUUUUAACCUGGUCUUCCCUCUCUGGCAUCCAUGGUCUUGGUGUCAGGUGAGGUGUCCGGGUCCCUGUUACAAGUCAGGAGCCCUGUACGGAGACCCCUUCUUUUGUACAAAGAUCUGAAUGCUGCAAUGAACAGACGUUUGUACAUUUUUAUAUUAGUUUUUAAUGUCAGUGGCGACUCAGUUCCUGAGGCUACAGCUGGCUCAGGACUUUUGUAAGAAAUUUUGAGUGACUCACUUAGAUUUUGUUCCUACUUGCCCCUCUUCCUCUGUGUAAUCUAAGUGCAUUAAACAUAUCUGCGGACGUG